CAGCGCCGAGCGGGCGGCGCUGUCGUUGCGUUUGCGCUGAGUCGUUGGUGGCCCCGGGCGAGGAUGCGGUAGCCUCGGGCGCCCCGCGCUGUCGGGCGCUUAGGACGCGGUUCUCCCCCUCGGGACCCUUCCCAGCCGGAGGAUGGACAGUGACGGGGAGCGCCGUUCUGCUGGAGGAAGCCGGAAUCCUGAUGUUGUCUGCGAAAAAAGCUUGUUUAAAUCCAGACUGUCUGAGUGUCUUGUUCAGCUGGCGUGUUGUCACCGUUGGUGCGCUUUCCCUUGGAAUUGUAAUGAGUUAUGCAUCUGGAAUACAGUGACUGCUCAGCCGUUACAUUUGUUUGGACAUUGUAACUCAAUUUCAGCGGUGUCAUUUGGAACUAAAACCAAUCCACUACUUGUCUGCUCUGCUUCUCGUGAGCGUGUGAUAGUGUGGAAUCUUGAUGAAUGCACGCAGAAGGUGCAAGAAGGGUUAACACCUCGAGGAAUUGUUAUAGGAACUCUUUUGGGAAUGGUGCUUCAUGUAAGAUUUAGUCCGGACGAUCAACAAGUGGCAGUAUGUGCUGGAAACCAGAUCUACAUGUUAAGUGCAAAGAAAGAAGCUGUCCUGGCUGAACUGAAUGGCCACCUUGCUCCAGUGACUGCUGCUGAGUUUUGCACACGGGAGAAAAGUAUGCUUAUAUCAGUGUCAGAAGACAGAACCUUUAAGGUGUGGGACUAUUCUACUGGCCAGUUAAUGUAUCAGUCAGGAGUACUAACAGCAGCAUGUCCUUUGCUAAGUCUGCUAAUUGAUGAAGAAAAUAAACAGAUUAUCACUGGAUGUGCUGAGGGACAGCUUUGGAUCUUCAGUUUAAUCAGUGAUCAUAAUUACCGUUUUGUGGCACGUAUCAACUUAAAGAAAAAGCAAGAGAAAUUCUGUAAUAGAGUGUGGAAGUCUGGAAAAGAAAUAGGUAAAGAGCAAAAUACUUCCAAGCUUUGCAAAACAAACAAUGUGAGACCAGAAGGAUCAGUGGAAACAUCAUUGCCUGUCCUCUUAAUUGAACCCUGUGACUUUUUAGUAUGUUUCCAUAAUGAAGAAAACAAAUCUUCUGCCCUAAAUACUAGCUAUUUUUGGAUAGGAAGCUCUACUGGCUUGUUAAUAAUUAAUAUGGCAAACUUUGAAUUAGAAGCUUCUUUGUCUUACAAAGAUUACAGUGACCUCAGCAUUCGUUUUGCUGGAUCGUGUGCAUUGACAAGGAAGGCAGUUGAUGGAAAGGUUUUCUGCUUGAUCACCUCAAUGUUUGAAGAUAUGAUUGCUGUGUUGGAAAUCAACCUUGCUGCAUUGGUGAGAACUCAGCAGAGUGAUUUUCUCCGACGUGAAAAUGAGAACAGUCUGUCAGUUAUUGCCAGGUGUUCUUUAUUGACAAAUUCUCCAUUGUGCAAAACCUUAAAGAAAAACGUGAAAGAACCUUCUACUAAAAAACUUGGAGUGAAAAGCACAGUGAAAGAUCAGCCACUGGUUUUCCAUAAUAAAAUUAAGUCAUCAGGUUAUACAGCAGUACCACAAACGACCAUGUUUUCUCCAAAUAGUAACCUGAAGAAAAGUGAGGUAUCAAAGAGGAAGACCAGUUGUAAAUGUAAAAAUAAAGACUAUCCAUUGGAAAGUUCUCCUCCGGUCAAAUGUGAGAAAGAGAUAUCUGUUACUUGUAAACCAACCCCAAUAUGUUGCAUCCAGUACUCUGGUGAUGGAGAGAUGCUGGCUUGCGGCCUGACUGACAAGACUGUACUAAUAUUCCGUUCUGAUCUCACUGAUACCUAUAAUGUUUUUUCAGGUCAUGACGGUGCAGUUAACUCUGUUGGCUGGAGUCAUGACAACAAGUGGUUGGUUUCUGCUUCAGAAGAUAGAACUUUAAGGAUCUGGUCAGUCUGCAAUAGUGAACCUGCCCUAAUUCUGGGGAAAGAGAAGUUCCAUAAGACCGUACGCUUUGCACAGUUUUAUUUUGUAGAUUCAUUCAUACUGCUGUGUUGUGGAGCUGAAUUUCAGUUACUAAGUUUCCAUCUAGACACAACCAAGGAUGACAUCAAACGAUACAAACAAAGAAGUGUUUGCAAAUUGGUGCAGAAAUUUCCCAUGGCUUCAACAGUGGAGAUUACCAGCCUUUCAGCAGUUAAUGAUUUCUACUCAUAUAUUGUGCUUACAGCUGGGAGCAAUCGGGCCUUGGAAGUUUUUGACCUCAAUGCUGGCUGCAGUACAGCAGUGAUACCAGAAGUUCAUACAAGAUCAGUCCAUCAGAUCUGCCAAAACAAGGGGUCAUCUUUCAGUACUCAGCAACCCGAAGCUUACAAUCUUUUUAUGACCACAGCUGCAGGUGAUGGCAUAAAACUGUGGGAUUUAAGAACACUAAAGUGUGAACGUCGUUUUGAAGGGCACAGUAGCCUCUGCUAUCCAUGUGGAAUUGCAGUAUCUCCUUGUGGACGGUUUAUAGCUAGUGGAUCAGAUGACAAAUGUGCUUACAUAUAUGAAAUGCGCUCAACUACUUUUUUGCAUAAACUGAGGCGACACACGGAAUCUGUCAUCAAUGUGGCUUUUAGUCCCUCAUCUCUACAGGCUUUCACCAAGUUCCUCUCCAAAGUAGUGCCAGCUUUGUGCGUAUCUGCUGUGAAGGUCCUGGAGAGAAUUACGAGCAGCAAGAUGUCAGCUCAAGCCAACAAGACUCCCAAGAAAAUUCUGGAAAUGUUUCUAAGCUGUGAAGUGUACACUCGCUGUCUGAAGAUUGCCCCAUGUUUUAUUACAAAUUGUGCAACUGCUAAAGUGAAUAUGUACUUCUAGUACCUCUGAGUUUGUGUAAUCGGUUAGGCUAGGAACGAUACUGCCUGAGGACACCCGGAGCAUGAGUAUGCAAGCAUAACCACCUGAAGGAAAAGAUUGUUUCAUUAAAACCUGGGGAGGGUUUCUUACGAAAGUGUUGUCCAUAGUCACAGUUGCAGUCCUUUUCUUUGAUUCAAAGUCCUUUUUUUUUCAAAGGAAGAAGUUGGGUUUGCAACUAAGAAGGUGGGAGCACUCAGCAGCUUUUAUCUCAUGUUCAGACAGCAGGAUGAGGAAUGAGGAGGUACAAACCUUAUGGAUAUCCCUACUCUAAGCUGCUUGGCUGCACAUGUGUACACAGAUGGUGUACAGAGAGUGUGUAACUCUUUAGAGUUACUGAUAAAGGGACUACGCUUAUCAGUAAAGACUGAAAUCCUCAGAGCAGUAAGGACAUAUUUAUGUAGGCGUGCAUGAAGAAUUCAGCCUUGCUUUAUUCACACCAGAAUUAAGCUCAUCAGUUUGUGGCCUGGGACAGUUUAACUCUUUUAUUCCAGUGCUGUAGAAGAGCUAAUAACUCUUGCCAGUCUUACUAACUCACUGGAAGGUGAUACCAAGCUAACUAGGCUGUUUUGUCUAUGAACUAACACAAGCAGGGCUACAUAGCACUACAUAAAACCAUAUGGUCAUAUUGCCUUAGUUCUCUGUUGACUGAAAAAGCCCAGCACCACGGUCCAUUUCACAGUAUAGGCAUACCCUAAACUUCAUACCUUGAAGUUCUAUGGUUUAGUUUCUGCUAUAAUAUAAAUAGCAGACCUCUCCUCCUAAGACUUACAGUUGUUUUAAAACUUGGGUUAAAAUUUAAUGUGUGCAUUCCAACCACCCCCGAGUUACUUAAUGCAAAUGUUUUUAUAUGCAUAUUUGAGGUACAGCACACUGAAUAAGCUUGUUACUUGACAUGCUACAUUUAAACUUCUUGUUUGGCUGUACAAAUCGUGCACUUAGGAAAAACAGAUUUUAAGAAAGCUAUUAAUCCAAUUUCUCUUCUGUUUUUCUUUUGUGAGCUAAGGAAUUCCAGGAAACUAACUCUGGUUAGUCUUCUGUUAGUGUUCAGAGUAUUUUGUGAGUGUGUAUUUUUUUAGCAGUUUUUUUAUUCCAAACUGCAAUGUGGCAUUGCAGUUUUUCCUGCAGAAUAUUUCUCCUUAUUCACAAUUUUGAAAAGUUAACAGAACCUGGUGAAUAUUCAAUGCUCUGAAAAUGGAAAAUAUUAUUUAUAUUGUUUGUUCACUGUGUCACUUGCGAGCUAUACAGAGUAUUUACUUUGGUGUAUGUUUAGGGACUUUCAUAUUUUAUAGCAUUAUAGGAAAAAGCAUAUGCAGGAAUGUGCAUACCUGCCAAGGAAAUGAUAGAUAACAUAAAUAAAAAAAUGAUCUUUUAAUUUUUAUUUUGAAUUUUAUGGAAAGACAUCUUACAUGAUGUUCACAUGAAUAAUAUUUUAUUUCUCUCACUACCAUUGGAUAAACAAUCAUUAACAGAAGUUACAUUAAAGUCAAGAAGAAAAUAUAAUUCAGUGAGUCUGUAACAUCUCAGUUUGAAAAGAAUAGAAAACUGUAGAAAAUCACAAAUAAUUAAAAAUAUGUGUAGGGAGCCAAACUGACCCAUUAUGUAGUUUCUUUUUUUACUUCAGAGAGAUUAUGUAUGGUAAAAUAUUAGCUUCCUGUAUUAAAUAAUAGAUUUUCCCAACUACAGCAUUCCAGCAAAAUUUUCUUUUAGAAAUUAAAUAUGCCCUACAAAAACUAUUUUAUUUUCUCUUGUAAAAUAACAAUUUUAAGACAUGAAUCUUUGUCUUAGUGAUUUUUCUGUGAAUGCUGAUAUUUGAAGUCCUUGGGCUUUGGCCAUGGAAGUUGGUUCAAGUUAUUCUUCACGGUUGUUGUUCUCGUAUCUGGCUAGUGGAAGCUAUUUGUUACUAAUAAUCUGGAAUGCACUUAGUUCUUCAUGUGCUGAGUACUGGGAGUACUGAAGUCACAUCUGAGGAAUGUGUCAAUUGAAUAGCAAUCUUCUGUUCUGAGAAUUUAUUUAUGGGCAGUUUAUACACUAAGUACAUAAUACGCCUUCUUGUCAUGCCCUUUUUCCCUCUUUUCGGUAUAUAUAAUGCCUUUUCAAAGUGCAUGACUUCAGAUAUAUUCAUUGCAAUUUUCCAGUGUGUUAUAUUAUAUAGUCUGUCCAAAAGUUAGUGAGGAACUGAUAAACAGCAAAGUGUAUCAUUUGUAGGGAUUUAAAAUACAGUCUUUUUUUUUCUCUAAAUGGCAGCAAAAAUAUGCAAACUGCACGUGAAGGUAGUCUGAAGAAAUACAUCCAUUUGUAGUUACUUUCAAUUGAGUCUAGAUCUGCCAGGUGCAAAUGCCUUCAUUAUGCUGCUCUGUGCCUAUGCCACCCGUAGUUAAUAUCUACUUUUAAAAAACAUGUUGCUCUUUCUUACAGCUUUUAUAACACAUGAACUUUAUGCCAGUUGGAGAAAUUUUGUAAAUACCGUAUGUGGUUACAAACAACAGUACUCAAGAUGAAUCAUAUUGAAAAUUUCCAUUUACUCUUGCAUUUUGUUUUGAAAAUGUUGAAAGAAAAAGUCAUAGAAGUUCCUUUAUACAGAAGGUUUACUGUUUUGAUUGUUGUCUUUCUCUUCUGAUACAUUUCUCUUGUGAUACACGUGACUAUUUUAAAUGCAGAAGUUGUAUGAGACUGUCAGGGUUUUGAGUAAAAAAAAGAAAAUAUAUGCCGUAAUUGAGAGACGGGAGGCAGCUUCAUGCAAGCAAAAUGUCGUCUUUAUGGCGCAGCUAACAUAUGUUUAUAAGUUACAGAUAGCGUGUCCGACAAUGAUUGGCGGUUACGUCAGAUGAGGCGAACAUAGAUUGGCUAAUACAAAAGGGUCUUCCCCCUAAACAUUUGCCUCACUUAAUGACAGUUUCCUGCCAUUCAACAAGUACCCGCGAUCAAGCCAGCAAUCUUUGUUCAAGUUCUUAUCUCCCUCCCUCCCAGGGCCUGUGGCCGACAAGCUCCUGCACGUCCGCUUUUAUCAACUGAUCCGUGCUGGGGGUUUUCUUGAAGCUAGACAAAUCCUGCCCAACAUCUCCCCCUUCCUGUUGCACAACAAGAAUCUUACAAUAUUCUUUUGCACACUUUACCUCCAUUAAUCAGAGAAAAAAAUUUUUACAGGCAAAGCAACUGGAAAAGAAAAAGAACGUGAUACUUUAGGAAAGAUAUGAUACGGUGGAGCUGGUGGCUGUUUCGAGCGCUGGGGCGGUGGGCAGCUUGGCGACGAAACAGUCAGUACUUUCUCUUUUUUACAGCCUUUCGAAUUUCUUUUAUCGCUUCAUAACUAACUGAUUUCCAGCGAAGAUCUGGUGGUUCCUCUACCACGCCAUCUUCUUCCUCCUCUGAUUCCUCGCUAUUAUUUUGUGCAGCCCUGUUCCGUCUUAUCUCUCCAAAGGCUUAUGAUGUCGGGCGGCAGAUCCCUUUUGGAUGAUCCAGGCGUUCGGAAAGGUCCUGGAUCAAAGGGAUCCUCCUCAGGAGGAUAGCCGAUGGUGCACAGUUCUGGUAGCGUGGAGGGUCCAUCCUUUACUAGUGGUAACAGAGGGAUAACUGGAGAGUCCUCCUCCCCUUUCACCUUGUCUCGGGGGCUCUUUUCUUGUACUUUUAAAGUCUCAAUAAUACUCCACCGCCACGGGAGCAUACGCUGUGCUUCAGCAUUCCCUGUCCUUGCUGCAUCCCACAGUUUAACCCCCCACAUCAUCCCAAAGUUCCCACGUAAAAAUAGUAGACUCAGUUACAGUGGGUGUUUUUUUGCCUGUACCCAUUUAAGUAUGAUCUUAAGGUCAUGCCCAGAAAGAUUCCUUCCGUGGUUUCGAAGGAGGGCUUUCAUAAGUUCAUAAACGUCUCUUUCGAGGGAAGACAUCUGAUUCCCCAUGUUUCCCACGGCUCACCUCUAUUCUCCAGAGGGAUUGUUCCUGGCCAGGAUCCUGGUUCCUUUCAGCAGCUCAUUCAACGUCCCGAGGGACUCGCGGCAUGCCACACAGAUAGAUGGUUGUAAACCUCCUCACACGGGGUCACCAGUUGUCGAGAUCGGCGGGAGAAAAGCAGCAAUCAAUACGAUUGAUCAGCAAGUCUCAAAGUUUAUUCUCCUCAGGCUUCAUAUUUAUCACAUGGUUAAUAAGGCUCAUAUAUAUUGCAAAAAGCAAGCUCAUUAUUGGCUACAUCGUUAAAGGUC